UGAAUUGUUGUGGUACCCUUUGGCAGUGCGCAAACGCCGUAGCCAAGCAGCACCCGAAAAGUUAAGUAGAGACAAAAAUUGAGCAAGUUCCAGAAAAACCUUGACACGAAUCGCACCAUCGAAGGCAGAAAAAGUCCCAAUCGAAUCCAAGUUGCCAAAAGCAGUUACACAAACCCACCAAAAGUCAGCGAAAAAUGGAAGAGAUCUGGAAAAAAGUGUGCGCCCACUACGAUGUGCCCGAGCAGGUGGCCAAUGAGUGGUUCACUCGCAUCCAGCAGCAUCUGAGCACGGACAGUCCCGCGCGUGCCUAUCACAACUGGCACCAGAUGAUGCAGCGCAAGGAGUCCCACCUGGCCGAGUGCACAAAUCCGAACAUUGUGCUGGCCGCAUUCUUCCAGUACUACCACUUUGAUGGCAACCGCAGCUGUGUCGAGCAGAACUGCGAGGUGUUCCAGGAGUUCUGCAAGGCGGCCACCAUCGAAGACGACGAUACGAAGAGUCUGGUGUGCAACCUGUUGGGACGCAAAACACCCGAAAACGAAGUGCACUGGUGCCACGACGAUGAGGCCAACUUGUUGCAGGACGUUGAUCUGGUGGUGCUAGCUUCCUCGCCGGAGGAGUACAAGCACUAUACGACGCUGCUGCGCUCCGAGUACGCAAAUCUGAAUGAUGCGACAUACAAGGCCAUGCGCAUUAAGGUGCUGGAGACUCUGCUGCUUAUACCCUCGAUAUAUGCAACUGGGGAGUACCAUGAUAAGUACGAGGAGCAGGCACGCGCCAACAUACGCAGCGAGAUACUCGAGCUGAAGAAGUAAUGCUCAGAUAUUGAUUCCAAAGGGCGCUUUAUUUGCUGCUUAGCUGUGUAUUUAAUUGCUAGUUAUGACCAACACUGCUCCAAAGACAGGGGACAGAUUGGGGCGUGCAUGGGGUCUAGAGAAAAUCAAAAAUGUGUCUACUAGUUAGAUUUUAUGCCAAUGUAUACGUAAGCCCUUUUAAGCUAGCCAAUAAACCAUUCCAUAUUCCCACAAAUAAACAAAAUAAAUCCAAA